CAUGUCAUUUAGUCAAAACCAACAUAAAGCUAAGGAACUCACUAGAAGAAGUGUGUGUGGGAACAAUUUCGUGAAUUCGUCCAUUGUGGUUUUCCUUACAAAACCGUAAAACUGUGAUAAGCCAUUGGACCGAUAGAUUUUCCAUAUAUAAAAUCGCAUUCAAUCGCAUUCAUUGGCUCAGUGUUGAAUUAUUUUGUGCUUCAAUUUGAAAAACUAAACCCGAACGCUAUGGACGUGGAACCACCGAAGAAUUUAAAAAGCGCUCUGUAUGUGCCAAAUAAAACAUUGAUGGGUCCGGGCCCAUCCAAUUGUUCGGAACGUGUUUUAAAUAGUCUUAGUAACCCCGUGCUCGGUCAUCUACAUCCAGAAUGUUUAGAGAUAAUGGAUGAUAUAAAGGAGGGCAUCAAGUACAUAUUUCAGACACGAAAUGAAGCAACCAUGUGUAUAAGUGGAUCAGGUCAUGCGGGCAUGGAAGCCGCUUUAUGCAAUCUGCUCGAGGACGGAGAUGUUAUAUUGUUUGGCAGCACUGGCAUAUGGGGUCAUCGGGCCGCUGAAAUGGCCAAGCGUUAUGGUGGUGAUGUGAGAUUUGUUGAAUCGCGCUUUGGACGUUCGCUGAACUUGGAUGAAAUUGAAUUUGCCUUUGAAGGACAUAAACCGGCUGUUUUCUUCUUGGCCCAGGGUGACUCUUCUACUGGAGUUAUGCAAACUCAACUCAAAGAAAUUGGCGAGAUUUGCCGCAAAUACAAUUGUUUGUUUGUUGUGGAUACAGUGGCAUCGUUGGGAGGUACUGAAUUUUACAUGGAUCGCUGGCAGGUUGAUGUCACCUAUACUGGAUCGCAAAAAGUACUCGGUGCCCCACCCGGCAUAACGCCCAUAUCGUUCAGCAAGCGUGCCAUGAAGCAUAUUGUUUCGCGCAAGAGUAAAGUAAAGGUGUAUUAUUUUGAUGCCACCCUUGUUGGCCAGUAUUGGAAUUGCUUUGGCGGUUCCCGAAUCUAUCAUCAUACGAUUUCAUCCACCCUUCUCUAUGGCCUGAGGGAAGCAUUGGCGCAAAUAUGUGCCCAGGGUCUACAAGCGGUUAUAAAGCGACACCAACAAUGUUCUGAUCGAUUGCAACAUGGACUAAGUGAACUUGGACUUGAAAUGUUUGUACCGAAUGUAGCGGUAAGACUGCCAACGGUGAACACCGUUAAAAUUCCAGUGGGAGUGGAUUGGCGUAAGGUGGCCGAUUAUACCAUGAGAAAGUAUAACUUGGAAAUAAGCGGAGGUCUGGGUCCAACUGUAGAGCAAGUGUUUCGUAUCGGUAUAAUGGGCGAAAACGCCACAUUUGAAAGGGUUGAUCUGGUUUUGAAUGUCUUGCAUGAAGCCAUACAAAGUGCCAAGCAGGACUCUAAUGAAAAAUCUAAAAUUUGAUAAUAUUCAUUAAGUUUACAUUUAUAUUGUAAUUACAUUAGAUUAUUUUUACAUAAAUAAAUAUUUUUCUUACA